AGUAAUAAUAAUAUAACAAGUGAAGAAGAAUAUGAAGAAGAGGAAUCAAUUGAAGAGGAAAGCAGUGAUAAUAUUAAUGUAAAUAGUAACAGCAAUGGGUUAGUUAGAUUAAGAAAGAAAAUAAAUGAAACAAUUGUCGAAAGCAGCGAUGAUAAUAAUAUAAAUCAUAAAAACCAUAAUAAUAGUAGCAGUGAAACUAGUAAUAUACCAAAAUUAGCUAAAAUGGUUGUAUCAAGCGACAGUGAAUCAGAACAAUCAAAUAAUAAUAGUGAUGUAUUAAUAGGGGUAUGUCCAGAUGGUACCAGAUUCGCAUUACCAUACACAAAGAAUCCACUUACUCUUCAUCCAGUUAGCGAGUGGUCUUUCUUUGAUUAUGCCAAAAAUGCUUCAUUACUCAGUCUCUUAUUAUUAUUUUUUAAUCUUCCAGGUUGGUUUUUUAUUGCCUGGUUUUUGUUUUGGAGAUUCGCUUAUAAUAUUGGUCUUGGUUUAAUAUUAAGAUAUCAAUCAAAUACAAACUUUUUAACUAGAAUCUUUAGAACAAUUUCAAAACCAGAUCAUCCACUUUAUAAUUAUGUUAAACAAUUUUGUUCAUCAGGUAUGAAGAGUGAUUACGAUUUUGAUAAAACUCCAGCUGAAUAUAAUGCAUGGUUAGCUUAUAGAAAUGUUGUUGAUAUUGUUUUAGCCAACGAUUUAGUAACCUAUGUUGUAUUUGCAUUGGCCUAUUACGAAUUCCCAAAGGACUAUAGUUGGACUAUUAUUCCAUGUUAUUUAUUAGGUAUUUUCUUAUGUGCUUUUACUUUUUGGGCUAAAACCGAUGCAUACCGUGUAGUUAAAGAUUUUGCCUGGUAUUGGGGUGAUUUCUUCUUUUUAGUUGAUCAAAAAUUAACUUUUGAUAGAGUAUUCUCAAUUUCACCACAUCCAAUGUAUACUAUUGGUUAUACAUUUUAUUAUGGUUUAAGUUUAAUCUCACAAAGUUAUACAGUACUUUAUGUUAGUUUAUUUGCUCAUUUUUGUCAAUUAUUAUUUUUAGUAUUAGUCGAAGAUCCACAUAUUCAAAAGACUUAUCCAGAAAUUGCAGAAGAUCCACACAUUACCAGAGAAAAGGUUAAAACCUAUUUUGGCCAUGAUUUAGUUGUUGUAAAGAAUUUCCAAUACUUUAGAGCUGCCGAUCUUUUCACUCUCUUAAUUGCUGUAUAUACUCUUUCUCUUAAUCUUUUCAAUAUCCCAACUUGGUUCUAUAUUGUUCAAGCUAUCUUUUGGAGAUGCAUGCUCAGUUUUGGUCUUGGCUUAGUUUUAAGAUUACAAUCCAAUUGUCAAUGGUGGACCAAUAAAUAUCAAUUCGAUCUUGGUAAAGAUAAAUAUAUUGCCUUUGAAAAUUGGAAAAAUAUCUAUAAUUUAUGUUUAAUUAUGGCACAUAUUUCAUUUACUUCAUGUUUCUUCAAAUAUGCUCAAAUUGAUUUUAACUUUUUCGGUUCAAUCUUUUGGAGACAAAUUUUGGGUUUAAUGUUAAUUUUAAUUAAUCUUUGGAGUUCAUUCUCAACCUACGAAGUAUUAGGUGAAUUUGGUUGGUUCUAUGGUGAUUUCUUUAUUGAAGAAGUUCCAUCUAAUCUCUAUUAUACUGGUAUUUACAGAUUUUUAAAUAACCCAGAUAGUACCACUGGUUUUGCAGGUUUUUAUGGUCUUUCAUUAAUCGCAGGUAGUUUCCCAUUAUUUGCUCUUUCAAUUUUCUCACAAGUUGCCAAUUUCCUCUUUAUCAAAUACGUCGAACAACCACACAUGAAGAAACUCUAUGGCAGUAAAAUACGUUCACAAUCUGGUAUUGCCAAAGGUAUUCAAGAAAUUGUCAACGAAUUAACCGAAACCUCACCACCAAUUCAAAAACUAGUCACCAAAACUCGUGUAAUCACUGAACGUGUUGAAAAAAGAGUUACUGAACGUUUCAACUCUUUCUUGGAGGAAUUACAUAGUAAAGGAAUACCUUUAUCUUCAGAACAAUUCGAAAUUUUAAAAACUAAUUUAAAAGAAAAAUAUAACAAUAAUAAUAUUAAUAAUACAAAUUCAUCAAAUAACAAUAGUUCA